AUGUGGAUAUACAUUUGCCUGUACUAUAAUCUCUCCCCCUAUGAUCUUUCCAUACUAGGAGACCCUUUUGACCCAACUUUGCCUAUCAGUCAGGCUGUUGCCAACAUUAUCUGCUCCAUCCUGUUUGGGAAACGCUUUGAGUACAAUGAUGAACAAUUCCUCAUGCUGAGAAAACUGAUGACAGAACGGAUCCUAUUGGGCAACAUCCCCAAAACAGCGGUGAAGCUGUACAACCUUUUUCCAGGAAUUAUGGAUAAGAUCCCCGGGAUGCACUACAAGAUGGCAAAGAGCAGCUUGAAGAUUGUGGACUUCAUUAACGAGAGGAUCAAGAUUAAUAUGGCCUCGCUUGAUACUUCUGCUCCCCAGAAUUACAUUGAGUGUUUCUUAGCGAAGAUGGAGCAGGAGAAGCACAACCCAAGUUCUGAAUUUUCCACCAAAAAUUUGAACAUGACCAUAUUCAAUAUAUUCUUUGCUGGGAUUGAGACAGUCAGUGUCACCCUGAAAUAUGGUCUUCUCUACCUGCUAAAGUAUCCCCAGAUUCAAGAAAAAGUCCAAAAGGAAAUCGAUCUCGUGAUUGGGCAAAGGCGUAGCCCAACUGUCAAGGACAGGAAUCAAAUGCCAUAUACCGAGGCUGUAUUGAAUGAGACUCAGAGGAUGGCUGAUGUGGUACCCAUGAAUCUGCCACACCUCGUAACUCAAGACACACAUUUCAGAGGAUAUGUGAUCCCUAAGGGAACCUAUGUCUAUCCCGUGCUCAACUCUGUGCAUUAUGAUAAGCAGCACCAUGCCAACCCCGAAGAGUUUGACCCUGGGAGAUUCCUCGACAGCAACGGUUGCCUUAAGAAAGUGGAGGCUUUUAUGCCUUUCUCAGCAGGGAAACGUGCGUGCGUUGGUGAAGGACUGGCCCGCAUGGAGCUUUUCCUCCUCUUCACCACCAUUCUCCAAAGGUUCACCCUCACGUCCCCUGUGCCACCUGAGAAGAUCAACAUUGCUCCAUCUUCACGCUACAUCAUGAGCAUCCCUGAACAAUAUCAGCUUUCUGUGGUCCCACGCCAGUAGUGAUCUCCCUGUUCUUGUAUCUACCAGAAGAAUCCAA